CCCUAAGACAACCCUCCUCAAGACUAAGCAAUGGGUUUCAAGCACAACAACGUUCUCCACCAAAACCAUUUCCGUAAGGACUGGCAGAGCCGCGUCCGCACCUGGUUCGACCAGCCCGGCCGCAAGCUCCGUCGCCGCCAGGCCCGCAAGACCAAGGCUGCGUCCCUUGGUGUCCGCCCCCUCACCCUCCUCCGCCCCGCUGUCCGUGCACAGACUGUCCGCUACAACAGGAAGGUUCGCGAGGGGCGAGGGUUCACCCUGGCUGAGCUUAAGGAGGCUGGCAUUGGCCGCAAGGAGGCCCGAGGUGUUGGCAUUGUCGUCGACCACCGGAGGAGAAAUUUGAGCGAGGAGGGCAAGGCGCUCAACGUGCAGCGUCUCAAGGUGUACAAGGAACGCCUUAUUGUCUUCCCCCGUAACGCGAAGAAGCCCAAGACGGGCGAUUCAACGGGCGAGGAGCUCACCGCACCCACGGUCCGCACGGGCCUGCCGCUUACCGACUCUUACGAGCACGAGACGCCCCGGAAGAUCACCGAGGAGGAGCGCGAAUUCGAGGCCUACCGCACUCUCCGCACCGAGCGCGCUGUCGCCCGUCACGAGGGCAAGCGCAAGCAGCGGGAAGCCAAGAAGGCAGAGGAGGAGGCGAACAAGAAGAAGUAGGAUAUUCAUCUGUUUUCGCUUCACGACCUCCCCUGCUAUGUUCUUCGCGCCUCACCCCAUGUACUCAAAAUCCGGACGUGGCUAUUGCACUACAUGCACUAUGCAAUCAUUAUGCCCGUGCUUAUCCGAGUAUUCAUGUCACAGCCUCGCAUUCUGCAUA